AUGUCUGCGUACGCUCUUGCCACUCCAUUCUCCGCCCAAGGUCUCCCUGGGGAAACAAGCCGCGACCUGACUCCCCAGCAGCAAACGGCCAGGCCUAAGAGAAAGAGAAAUGGACCGGGCCAGCCAGAUCCGAGGGCAGAGGUUAUAUCCUUGUCUCCAGAGAAGCUACUAGCGACAAGCACUUAUGUUUGUGAAGUGUGCAGCCGAGGGUUCCAAAGAGAUCAGAACCUUCAGCUUCACCGGCGAGCGCACAACCUGGAGGGGAACCUUAAGAAGAGCGGCAGCUCCACGAAUGGGAAGCGUGUCUACGUCUGCCCUGAGCCGAGCUGCGUACACCAUGACCCAAGCCGUGCCCUCGGCGACAUCACCGGCAUCAAGAAACACUACAUCCGCAAGCACUGCGAGAGGAAGUGGAGGUGUGAGAAAUGCAGCAAGAUGUACGCCACGGAGUCCGACAUGAAGGCGCACUUCAGCAGAUGCAGCUCCGGCAAGUUCAGGUGCGAGAAAUGCGGCCAAGAAUUCAGCCGGAAGCGCAGUCUUCUCGCUCACCAGGAAGGCUGCAACGUGGCUCACCGAGAGUACAAUAAUUUGAUUCCACCUUUUCCUGCCGUGCCGACGAUGCCGAAUGUGGGAGCGAAUGACGGUUCCAAUGCAAUUCUGCCACUCCCUACGCCGGUUCCACCGCAUCCGCUGAUGGCUCCACCGUUUGCCAACUUUGCUGAAGGAAUGGGAAGCGUGAACGGGAUGCAUCGUGGGCAACCGACGGAUAUGCAGGGAGUUGGCGGCUUGCCGAUGCGGUUCGGGGAGACUGGAGAGCAGAGAAACAUGCAGGGGCUGCCGGCGCCGCCGGGGCUGCAGGCGCCGCCGGGGCCGCCGGUGGUGAAUCCUUGGGGAGAUGCGUUGGGAAUGGGGCUGCCCGCGGACUUCAUGCUGCUCGGUGGAAAUGAUUCCGACCUGCUGCCGGUGGAUGCAUGGGCUUUCAUGGGUGGGAGGUGGUUCUGA